GCCAUUUUGUGCCGAGUAUUUAUCGCCGAGUCGUGACUCGAUCGCGUGUCCACUCAAAUGCUAGUUUAGUUAGCCACAGCUUCCUUCGUGUCCUCACAUUCCCAGUUUACGGGUUACCCCCCUUUAGUCGACGCUAUUGACUAAUUUGUAGUUAAUAUUUUUAUACAAGUAUAUAUUUAUCUUCUUGCGUGAGGAAGAAUGUCGGCCGCAAGUCCCGAAUACUCCCCGUUCUUCGCGGUGAUGGGUGCCUCUGCUGCCAUGGUGUUUAGCGCCUUGGGAGCAGCGUACGGCACGGCCAAGAGCGGCACAGGCAUCGCCGCCAUGUCCGUGAUGAGGCCAGAGCUCAUCAUGAAGUCCAUCAUCCCCGUGGUCAUGGCGGGUAUCAUCGCCAUCUAUGGCCUCGUUGUAGCAGUGCUGAUUGCCAACAACAUUAACGAGCAGGUCACACUCUACAAGAGCUUCCUCCACUUGGGAGCCGGGUUGAGCGUGGGCCUGAGCGGGCUGGCAGCCGGCUUUGCCAUCGGCAUAGUGGGUGACGCGGGCGUCAGGGGCACGGCUCAGCAGCCGCGGCUUUUUGUGGGCAUGAUCCUCAUCUUGAUUUUCGCCGAAGUCUUGGGUCUCUACGGGCUCAUCGUCGCCCUCAUUCUGUCCACGAAAUAAACCCAGCCCCAACAUCUCCACUACAAGAUCUGUUCUUGACGUGUCGCUGCCGGGGAAUAAAAAGUGUAAAUUGUGUGUGUGGGGGGGGGGGGGGGGGGAGAAAAAAAUUGUAAAAUGUCUGCAACACUAGUUGGAAGAAGAGAAGAUGUUGGCAGGGACUAAAUGAAGAUGUCUCAUGAUAGGGUCUCAAUGUGUACAAAUUUGAUAGUCAACUUGUAAAUGCGCAAUGUAGUGAUUUGUCUGUUGUGUGUGUGUGCGUGCGCAAGUUUGUUUCAAAAUAGUUGUAUGAUAAAGAUUCCUUUCCCCCCCACACCACUUAUUUGGGGCCUCGAGGCUGACUGCGGCAGCUCUGUCUUAUAGAGCUGACCAAAGGGCCGUGCAGCUUUUCUCCUCCAAACUGGGAGUUGCAUAAAUCUUGAGGAUCUAUUUGUACAAAUGUAUGGACCUUUUCUUUUCUUUUUUCCGCCACUGAUUUUAUUUAUAAAAAAAAAUGUCCAUUAAAUUGUUGAAAUGCAUCAAGUCUUUAACUUCCCAGGAUAUAUAUAUAUAUAUAAAUAACGUAAAGAUAACUAGAUAGAUUUUCUGCACUGUGGGUUAUUUGUGCUAAGUGGUUGGAAAUAUUCUGGAUGUAAUUGCUUCAAAUCAUUACAAAUGCCUUUUAGUGUGUCGCUGUCUGGGUGGCAGGUGUGUGUAGCUGUAUUCAAAAUCUUUGACGCAAACAUUCUCCAAACUUGUGUGUUGCUGUAGUACUGCUGUUUGCAUUAAAGGGGUGUGUGCCCAGUUUUGGGUCUCAAGCAUAUUUUCCAAACAUUGCAUCUCCCCUUCAGCGCUCUCUCUUGUCCUCUUCUUCUAUUCCUUACAUUCCAGCUGUCCUGCAUGGAUUUGAGUGUUUCCUUACUAUUAUUGGAUGUAAAGCUGAAGGGUUGCAGGAAAUGUUUUCCAGUUUACUCUCCCCCAUAAAACUGUUUGGAUCAUUUGGAGCUGUUCUCAAUUGUCAUUACAAUCCUGUACUGCCCACUGCUAUUAUCCUCAUGUGUCCACAAGCAAAUUAAAGAAUCCAACUUA